GAUUCCCAGAGCAAUUAUCGAUUUGGUUUUUUGUCCAUUUGUAAAGCCGAUAGUAUCCUGCGACGUUCCGCGGCCUACAAUAGUGUGUAGUGGAUGAAAACGCGUGUAUGUAUCCGAGUGCAACCUCGCACGUAGAAGGCGGUGUAAAAGUGCAUAAAUUUCUUCGACGAGGAGUGUGUUCCGCGUUUGGCAACCGCUCGUGAUCCCUCGCCUGGCGGAAACUGGCGGGCUAAAUUAGUUGAAGCGAAAAAUUAAGUUCACUCCAUUCUUGGAAGUGCACCAAGUGAAUUGUGAUUAUGCUGCCCAAAACGUAACUUCCCCUCGCUCACGUCGUGGAAGAAAGUGUGAAAGACAAUUAGCGCCCUGCCCUCGGUGUCGGUAGUGAGUAAAGAAAGAAAAAAAGGUAGUGAAUCCCGGCACUGUGAAACGCGAAAACUGAUCGCUUGGAAGAGAGUGAAACCCCUGGGCACUCUGGAUCGAGUCAAUCGAGUUAAAACAGCAAACAACACAUCGCAGCAACCCGUCGCGCGAGUUUCUAGGAUGGUGCGUUAAGGGUGGUCUAUCAGCGAAAUAAACAGGAAAGCGCCUCGAUACACAACCGCGGAAAACAGCGACCGUACAGCGCGUGUUUGGGCCAACCCGUACACGCGCAAGCCCAUCGGUGGCGAAUCUACAGGUGAAAGUUCAAGGUUUGCCGCAUUCGACACCGCCCGGAGAUUUGUUCACUACGGGAGCGGUAACAUGAAACUAUCCAGGCAUGCCGACUGCAUGCAAGUGAGAGCUUUGCUCAAGAAAGAUUACCUCGCGCGGAUACGUCAACCAUGGAUGACCAUCGUGCAGUAUCUAUGGCCCUGCCUGAUCUUUACCGCUAUGUACAUUCUGCGGGACCGAUUCCAGGCGGUAGAGAUAGGUGAUUGUCAGUUUCCGACACGGAAUCUACAAGCGAACGGCAUCCUGCCUUUCUUCCAAUCUUACAUUUGCACGUUCGAGAACGAGUGCACUGACGCGAAGAAGUACGCUGAGACGGAGGACUUUCCCGAUGCACCCAUAACGCCCGUGGUCAACAUCGUCCAGAUCAUCCUGGACAACGAGGCGCUCUACGAGGCAGUUGUUAAGCUUCCGGAAGAUCGAAAUUUCAUCGCCAGCGUCACGACGAUCGUAACUCAUCAGAAGUUCAAGGAAAUUGAGCGCAAUGGCGAUCGGUUGGUUAAGAUGCUGCCCGACAUUCGGAAACGGAUCGGUGAUAAGUUCGACAUUACGCAGCUGUUCUCUGACGAUAAGACAUUCUCGAAGUCGGGUAACAUUCUUUGCGGACGGCCGUUUCCGCGUAGUGACAACAUCCGCUUCGUGGAAAAGAUUCUGUACAGCACGGACUACGCUGGGGCGGACAAGGACGAGCUGGAUGUGAUGCCAACGCCUUACUGCAAGCAGCUGUAUCUGGACGUGACGAAUACGAACAAUGGCAAAAUUACGUGGCGGUUUCUUAAGCCGAUCCUCCAGGGCAAGAUAUUGUAUGGUCCGGCAAGCGAACGGAAUGAUGAAAUUAUGAAGUUUGCCAAUCAAACGUUCGCUGACAUGGGACGAUUGCGCGAUUUCUUCCGUGCCCUUGAUACCACGCUUUAUCUCCUGCGAACCGAGGAAGAAGUGCGCGAGAGCUUCCAGAGUUUGAUCGAUCUGGCGAAAAGCCCGCUGGUGCAGAUGAUCGCCGGAGGAAACGUCAAUAUUGAGCUGAUCGAGGGUAUGCUCAAUGGCAUCCUGCAUGAUGCCGAAGUCGCGAAGGCGAUAAAUACCAUCGCCAACAUUUUCGACUGCUUCUCGGCCGAUCGCUUCAUUCCCGUCGUCAAUGAGCGAGCUCUGGAAGAUCGUGCGUUCGAGCUCAACCGCAAGAAGUUGUUUUUGGCGGGUGUUUACUUCGAGAACAGCACGAUGGAGCACGAGCUGACGUACAAGAUCCGCAUGCGCACGGACGACACACCGAUUACGGUGGAGAAUCGGCACCGUUUUUGGUUCCCGGGACCGGAGGCGAGCUUUGAGCUCGAUAUGCGCUACCAUCGCGGGUUCAUACAGAUUCAACAUGCUGUCGAUAUGGGUAUUAUCCGCCAAAGCAAAAAAGAAAAGGUGACCAAAGAUCGUGCCACCAACACGGAAGGAUCUUCGCCCUUCGGAGGUGAGCUGGAGCUAGAUGAUGAGCUAGAUCGGGACGAAGAUGGGGACGAUGACACCGAAGACAAAAGCACGGAAACUGACAGUGAUGAGGACACGGACAAAUCGACUGCUUCUCCAGCGCCGGAUGCGGAAACUACAACCGAAAACUUAUCCUUGCUUUUUGAGGGCUUGAGCAAACGAUUGAAUGUCUCUCAGGAUGUGUUGGAUCGGUUCGGCGGUGGCAGCAACAAUAGUGCGCUCGAGGAUUUUCUCGACUUCAAAGAUGAAGACGAUGAUGGCGCUAAUUCUGAAGCACCACCAACCACAACCAAUGCACCCACUUCCACUGUGAGGCGAAACAAAAGACAAUCUCUGCUUGAUCUGUUUUUUGGAGCCGGCAAGAAGAAGUCUUCGGACGAGAUCGAGUACAAGGUGGCCAAUGAGAAGUUCUACACCAAACAGUUCCCAUAUCCAAAGUACACGAGAGAUGAUUUUAAAAAGGGACUUUAUCUGGCGCAAUUCAUCCAAUUGGCGUACUUUGUAGCGCUGAUCGUGCACGUCGCUUCGGCGGUACGACAAAGAAUCUGGAUGAAGGAGAGCGGCAACUCGAUGCUAAUGCGCUCGAUGGGUCUUAAAUCGAGCUCGGAGACCGUUUCGUGGGUCAUCACUACGUUCAUCGAGAUCAGCAUCGUGUUACUGAUUGGGCUAAUCAUUCUAUACACCGGUGGCCUUUUGGUGUUCUCCAGUAAAGUCUUCUUGGUUUGCUACUUGGUUGUGUUUGGUAUUUGCAUGAUCGCAUUCUGCUACAUGUGCUCGAUGUUCUUCAACUCGGCCAGCAUUGGUUCCGUGUCGUGCGUGAUACUGUUUCUGAUAACAUUCCUCCCGUACAUCAUAAUUAUCUCACUCGGGACGACACUGUCCGCGGUUGGGAAAUUUGUUGCCAAUCUUUCCUUUUCAACGGCUUUCUGUUACGCCUGGCGUCAUGUGAUGCGCAUGGAGCUGCAGCAUCGGGGAGCGAGUUUCUCCAACGCCUUCCAAGGCCCUAUCGCGACCAAUGAUCUCAAGUAUGGCAUUCUGAUGAUCGUUCUCGAUGCCGUUCUGUACUUCGCUGUAGGAUACAUAUUUCAAUGUUUUAAGAAAGAUGACACAACAUUCCACACGGUAAAGCGCAUCAAGCUGGACAAUAGUAUUGGUGCAGAUCUGAGGAACGUAGACGUGAAGUACGUUAACGGCGGCAAGAAAGUGUUGAGUGACGUUUCGAUUACAUUCCGUCGUGACGAAGUUACCUGCCUGCUAGGUCGGAACGGUGCCGGCAAGAGCACUAUCAUAAAACUACUUACUGGGCAGAUUUUGCCCACCGUGGGCGAUGUUCAUCUCCCAUUGGAUUAUGAUUUCAUUUCCGGUAUAAGAAACAAUGCGGAAAAAACCGGUCUGUGCCCGCAGAACGACGUGCUGAUACCGAAUCUCACCGCAAAGGAGCAUCUGCAGCUGUAUGCAAGGAUCAAGCUCACCCGCGGCUUCGAUACGGAAGUCUCACGGACGCUGGAGAACCUGAAGAUGGGACCGUACCAGCAUUACCGAGCGUCAGACCUAUCGGGAGGCUUCAAACGUCGUUUGUGCAUCGCGAUCGCAUUCCUUGGUUCACCCAACCUUGUUAUUCUGGACGAACCGUGCAGUAGUGUGGACACAAAAGCUCGUAAAUACAUCUGGGAGUUGAUUCAGACACUGCGGAAGGAUCGAGCGGUUAUUCUGGCAACGCAUCAUCUGGAUGAGGCUGAAUGUUUGAGCGACAAGAUCAUCAUGCUGGAGGAUGGUAAAGCAAUAUUGGAGCAAUCGCAAGAGGAGCUUAAGAAGCGGUUCACCAACACGAUUUAUGUAAAGAUCUCGCUGAAACCCCAACAGGAUAUCGAGCGCACUGUCCUUAUUGCCGGACUUACCAAGUUGCUAGACGGAACUCCAGAUGUACGAUACGAAAUGAGCGCUACACUCCACAAGCUGGAUUUUAAAAUCGCUUCUUCGACUAACGACAAUAAGGUGUUGAACAUUGAGCCUCUGUUAGAGCAUAUGUCUCAGUUGAAAGCUGGAAAGCAGAUCGAUUCGUUCGAAGUUCGUAAUGAGAACCUGCUCAACAUCUUCAAUACGGUCAACGCGAACGAUCCCACACCUUCAGAUCCAAUUCUACACAACGGAAACGGGAACGGGACACCUCACAUUCCAAAUGGUAGCCAUGGACCAAAAGCAAGCGAAACUCAGGCUAGCACGUUAUCGGUUAUGGUUUCAUUGUUCCAAAAACGUAUGCGACAUUUCCGGCGGAACUUCCGGUUGCUGGUUUGCCUGCUGGUUUUACCCACCAUCUUCGAGAUCAUCGCGAUGGGUUUCAUGACCAUCCGCCCGCCAGGCGAGUACGACCAGAUGGUCAACUUCUCCACUGCGCUCUAUCCAGGGGCAACGGAAUUCUACACUAACGUCACCGACGAUAAUGAGUAUCAGAGCAUGAUUGAGAACGACCUUCUCGGCCAUUGCUCGGGUGAUGUAUGUUCCUUGUUCAAUACGUCCUUGGAUGCCUACCGGUGGAUACUGGCCACCACGGAUGAGUAUGCGGAGCGACGAUACGGAGGCAUCACGAUCAAUAAGGAGAAAAACGUCGUCUGGUACAACAACAAAGGCUACCAUUCUAUGCCGACCUGGCUGAACAUGCUCGAUACGGCCGUGUUGCGGGCGGAACUGGAUGACCCUAGCUACUCGAUUCACACCAUAAACCACCCCUUGAAGAUCGAAGAGAACGAUCUCUCGAUAUCGUCGAUCUUGCAACAAGGGGCCGAUUCGGGUAUAUCGCUAAUCAUGUUGCUGGCCUUCAGUUUGGUCACUGCCGGGGCUUCGGUGUACAUCGUGAGCGAACGCAUACGAGGCGAAAAGCUGCAACAACGUCUGGCCGGUGUGAAUGUUUUUACCUACUGGAUCGUGACGUACAUCUGGGAUGCUCUGAUUUUCCUGAUCGCCGUUGGUCUUGCAGCGGUCGUUUUCAAAGCGUUCGCUAUACCGGUGUUUGUGGCGAAGGACCAGCUCAGUGGUGUCUGUCUGCUGCUAGUGUUCUAUGGCUUCGCAAGCAUACCAGCAGUACAUCUGUUCGAAAAACUAUUCACCGAUGCAAGCUUCGCUAAUAUGUCGUUGUUCUGUUUGAACGUGAUCACGGCCGUGGGCACGCUCACGACUAUCUUCCUGUUCGAUCUCCUCGGCAAAAGCGACCAGUCGGAGAACGUUAGAAAUUUCCUCAAUCGAGCUUUCCUCGUUCUACCACAGCACGCACUUGCCGAUGGUCUGAUCGAGUUGUCGAAGAACUUCAUCACGGCGGAGAUUUUCAAGCGUUAUUACAUUGACUCGUACAAGUCUCCCCUGUGGAGUGAUCUGCUGCAACCACACCUGAUUGCGCUUGUGGUGAUGGGAUUGAUCUUCAUGCUGCUGAACGUGGCGAUCGAGUUCAAAUUGAUACAGCGUUUGUACAACAGGAUAACGGGUGUGUCCGAACCGAAGGUGUACGAACUAAACGGUAUCGAUACGACCGACUACAGCACGGUGAUCAGUCGGGUGGAUGGGAAGAAGAAAUCUCUCACAUCUGAUCAGAUCCUUUCGGUGGAUAAUCUCAGAAAGCGAUAUCGCAACUGCGCUGGUGGUGGUGCUGCUAGUGGCCAGGAAGUGGUUAAAAAUGUGUCCUUUAAGCUGCACUACGGUGAAUGUUUCGGUUUGCUCGGCACAAACGGUGCUGGAAAAUCGACGAUAUUUUCCAUUCUUUCCGGAGAACUGCUGCCAUCGGGUGGUAGCUUCACGUUUUACAGCAAUCAUGGACCAUCGUACUGUCCGCAAAGUAACUUCCUGGAUCCCCUGCUAACGGUGGAGGAGGUGAUCGAGUUUUACGGCAAGCUACGGAACAUCGAAUCAAUCGACAAGCUGGUGAUUGAAACACUCAAGGAGUAUCACCUGGAACCGUAUCGGGGUGUGCUGGUCAAAAAUCUGAGCGGUGGCAAUCGCCGCAAGCUCUGUGUGGCCGUUGCAUGCUUCGGCCAGUCUGAAGUUAUCCUCAUGGAUGAACCGACGAGCGAUCUUGAUCCUGUGACACGCUCCAUCGUCUACAAUACGAUCGAGCGGCUGAACGCGCAGAACCGCUCGAUUCUGCUCACCUCACACAGCAUCUCCGAGAUUGAUCGGAUAUGCCAACGGAUAGCGAUCCUCAAGGAUGGUGAGCUGCUCACGGUGGAUACGCCGGAUCGACUGAAGGAACGCUUUGGCCGUAGCUACCAGGUGACACUGUAUCUGGAGGGCAUCCGGGAGGUGGAUUUCUUGCGCGUCAUCAAACGUGAAUUCGAUGUGACGAGGGAUAUCAUCCUGCACAAGAAUUCAGUCCAGUUCGUGUGCCAAGUGCAACAAGACAGGAGCGUACCUCGAGAGCAAAAUGGGAAAUCGCACAAGAACGGUCACAUCACGAUCGUGCUUAGUGAGAACGGAAACGGAGUGGUGCCCGGUAGCUCCGAAACCACACACACGGCCAGUGAACUUUUCCUCAAAGUACACCGUUUUGCUCAGGCGAACCAGCUGCGGUAUACGAUUUCACGAUGUCAGAUGGAUCAGAUAUUUGAAAACGUUCUGCAGAGCCACGAGGAAGACCACGCCAACGAGGGCUUCGUCGAAAGCUAGGGGUGAUCGGUUUAGGAUUUCCUUAUUGAUGUAAUAUAUAGUUACGGAUAGGAUUAAAAUUGGAUAUGUGAAAAGUAAUAAAAUGGUAGCGGUGAAUUUUGCACUGCAUA